UGCUGCGGCCGCCGCGGGGCGAGGCGGCGGCAGCGGCGGCAGGAGUAGCGGUACUUGGCGGCGUAGAGGAUGCGGCGGCGGUGGUGUCGGCAGCAGCUGGCGGAGGAGCGGGGAGCGAUGCGGUGCUGCGCGGCGGGGCCGUGGCCGCACAGCGCCCUCACCACGCUCCUGCUGACAGUGUACACAAUUCUGUCUAAGGUGCACUCUGAUCGGAAUGUAUACCCUUCUGCUGGAGUUCUGUUUGUUCAUGUUUUGGAGAGAGAGUACUUUAAGGGGGAAUUUCCUCCUUACCCAAAGCCUGGUGAAAUAAGUAAUGAUCCUAUAACAUUCAAUACCAAUUUAAUGGGUUACCCUGACAGACCUGGAUGGCUGCGCUACAUCCAAAGGACACCGUACAGUGAUGGAGUGCUCUAUGGCUCACCAACUGUGGAAAAUGUGGGCAAGCCAACCAUCAUUGAGAUCACUGCAUAUAACAGGCGUACCUUCGAAACAGCCAGACACAAUUUGAUCAUUAAUAUAAUGUCAGCAGAAGAUUUUCCUUUACCGUAUCAAGCGGAAUUCUUCAUAAGGAACAUGAAUGUAGAAGAAAUGCUGGCAAGUGAAGUUCUGGGGGACUUCCUUGGAGCAGUGAAAAAUGUGUGGCAGCCAGAACGCUUGAAUGCCAUAAACAUUACUUCAGCCCUUGACAGGGGAGGGAGAGUUCCACUUCCCAUUAAUGACAUGAAGGAGGGUGUGUAUGUGAUGGUUGGGGCAGAUGUUCCUUUCUCUUCGUGUUUACGAGAAGUGGAAAAUCCACAGAAUCAGCUGAGGUGCAGUCAAGAAAUGGAGCCUGUAAUAACCUGUGAUAAAAAAUUUCGUACUCAAUUCCAUAUUGACUGGUGUAAAAUCUCUCUGGUUGACAAUACAAAGCAAGUUUCCACCUUUCAGGAAGUGGUUCGUGGAGAGGGAAUAUUACCUGAUGGUGGAGAAUACAAGCCACCUUCUGAUACACUGAAAAGCAGAGACUAUUACUCGGAUUUCCUAAUUACCCUGGCAGUGCCCUCGGCAAUAGCACUGGUGCUGUUUCUAAUACUUGCCUACAUCAUGUGCUGCCGACGGGAAGGAGUGGAAAAGAGAAACAUGCAAACACCAGACAUCCAGCUGGUGCACCACAGUGCUAUUCAGAAAUCCACCAAAGAGCUCCGGGACAUGUCCAAGAACAGGGAGAUCGCGUGGCCGCUGUCCACGCUGCCCGUGUUCCACCCGGUGACCGGCGAGAUCGUCCCGCCCCUGCACAGCGACACCUACGACAACACCAGCAUGCCCCUGAUGCAGACACAGCAGAACCUGCCACAUCAGACUCAGAUUCCACAGCAGCAGAGUGCAGGAGAAUUUCGUAUGACAACAUUUCAAAGAUUUGAGAAGCUGUAUGCUCAUCAGGACAUUGCAUUGUAAGCAGAAAACUGCGUCUGCUUUAAAAUGGCCAAGUGCUGGCUACAUUUCCUUAGCUGAGGUUCCUGAAGUCUCUGCUAAGAGAAAUUUGAGUAAUUUUGGAAUUUAAGACUGAGGAUAAAAGGAAUCUCUGCAGUGAGGUCAUUUUGUAAAAAGACCAAAGUAGUUGCUCUUGGUUUUGUGGAUUUUGGUUUGUCUUUUAUUUUUCUCUUUUUACAGUUAUGAUCCAGUUCUGUCAAAACACAGAACCUUGAUUUACAUUAAUUUUUAAGCAUCAAUGAUGUGUUUGUGGGCUCGGACCUGAAUGCAGGAUUUCAGCAGAUAGAACAAAUCCUGAGCUGCUUUUUAGACUAAUUUUGAGCACCACCUAUGAUCACUGUGGCAGCAAAGCAGAUAAGCAGUGCUCAGUACGUGGUACCUACUUGUAUGUUGUCAGACCUUCAGUAUCAGUUUACAGAGCUGUUCUGCACGCUCAGCACAGCCCACAGCACGUGGCAGCAAAUCCUGCUGGUGGCUGUUAGACCAGGAGAGGUAGCUCAAGCCACAGGCAUUCAAGCUGAGAAAUUAAAGGCAGUUCCUGAAGCAGGUGGAAUAAAGAGCCAUUCCUACUCACUUUUCGAGUGGCAUCCAUCAUGCCUUCCUACCUCAUCCAAAAGAUACCAGGAAAGAGACUUCACCAGUAAAUCAGCCUCCUCAGAGACACUUCCCCUUCUUUCCAGCAGCUUGGAUGGUUAUCAAUGAAAAGCAAAUCACAAAACUGCACACUGAGGUUUAUAGUAAAUUAAACAUUUUCAUCUCUUACCCAAGCUGUAAAAAAAAUUCAAGUACAAUCAGCAUUUGGCUUCUGUUACUUUAUACUACUAUUUUCAGAUGUAUCAGCUGUCAGUGUUUUGAAACCAAAAUGAAUGGAAUGGAUUUUAAAUAAUGAUUUUUAAUGCAAUGUAAGAUUAAAGUUUGUAAAUAAUUCUGGGUGUGGAUUAUAGUAAUUUCUGAUAACUCCAGGAUGACAUGACAAUCAAUGGAUCUACCAGCUGAGCUGCUCCCACCUUAUUUGUAUUAAUGUAACAGUGUCAAUAUAUUUAAGGAAAUAAAUUGUUACACAUGUGCAUAAAGAAUUCGUUUGUAGCAGUGCAGGCUCCACCUAUUUUGGAAAGAAUCUAAUGGUGUAGGUCACUUGGGUAUUGAGAAUACCUGAACUAUUUUAUGAUCGAAAUCUUCAUUUAUCUGAGGUAAGUUUAAUAACAAAUUAUUUAUUUUUAAUUAUUAAAAUUGCUAUGAAACAUAGAUUUAUAAAGCUGGUUAAAGACACUUAAUGGCUAAAGAAUUAGUAAUAAUUUAGACAGUAAAUUCACAGCCUCUUUUAACAUUAUAUGAUGGCAAUAUGAAUGGAUGUUGUAUUAAGUUGCAGCCAAAUUAAACAGAAAGCCCUCCACAUCUCUUUGUACAUACAUGAAAUGUAUGAUCUAAUAAAGUGGAAAACACAAA